AUGGCGGCACGUUUAGACCUCUCGUCUCCGAUAACGUUGUCCAAGCUAUCCCUAAAAUCGUCGCACCCCAGCCUUUCGUCGUCCUCGUCUCGUCAAACCACCUGGUCGCCGCCCUUCAAAGGAUCAACCUCACGCCUCUCGAAAUCGACCUCAGCGCCCAACAAGCCCUCAACCUGCCUCCGGCUUCCCCCUUGCGCGCUUCCCCCCGGCGCGCUUCCUCCCGGCCUCCGCACCGUGUCCUCUUCCGCCGUCCCCCGCGUCGCCGCGUCAGCCGCUGCCGCGUCCGCCGCCGAUUUUCCCGCAGCCGGGUCCGGCCCUGACGAGCCGCCUUUCAAUCUCAAUCCGGAAGAGCUGCAGGAGGAGCUUUCUCGCGCUUUUCGCUCCGCCAAGAAGCAGUCGAAGGUGGCGCUGCGGAAAAUAGCGGACGGCACGGCGGGCGCUUUGCGCUGCGCGCAGAGCAAGGUGGCGGAGUUUGAGCGUGAUAAUGACCUGCGCGGAAAGGCGCGGGAGGCGGUGGGCGCCGCAAACGAGCGGCUCGAGGAGGUCGCGUUCGAGGCGGAGAGGCACGCGUUCCGGUUCGACGCGCAGUUCGGGGUUUCGAGUAGAGUGGAGGAGAUGAAACGCGCCGUGGUUGGUGCGGCGUACGAUUAUCUGAAGCGGUGGGCGGAGUUCAGAACCACGCCGGCCGGCCAGCUCGUUAUGUUCGUGGCGUUCGCGUGGCUGCUCAUCUCGGGCUGGCUAGCGCAGAUCUUCCUCUGGUCGCUCUGCAUCGUCCCACUGCUCCCUCUGCUCGCCAGAGCGCUCGCCAAAGCAGCCUUCGUUGAGAAGCGUGAGUAUAACGAGGGGGAUUUUGAGGAGGAGGACGAGUGGGAGGAAGAGGACGAGGGAGAAUGGGACGGAGGCGAUGCUGACGUGGAACGAGCCCUUGCUGAGUCAGAACAGGAGCUCUCCACGGGCAGUCUGGUGCUGCCGCCCGGGCGGCAAGCCCCGCGGGUGAAAUCGGCAGUAUUUGUGAAGAGCAGCAGCAGUGUGGCGCAGUGCCCUAAGGAUACGAAGAUCCCGGAGUUUGCUGUGAUUGGCCGAUCCAACGUGGGGAAAUCAUCCCUCAUCAACAUGUUGACAAAUCACAAGGGGCUAGCACAGACCUCCAAGAAACCAGGCAAGACGCAGCUGAUAAACCACUUCCUUAUCAACGACUCCUGGUACCUCGUGGAUUUGCCGGGCUAUGGGACGGAGUGGAAUGCGUCUACCAAGGCCUACUUCACAUCGAGCACCAACCUGCUCACCGUGCUGCUGCUGUUAACCCCCCCCCCCUUCCCCACUUUCCUCCCCAGGUACGCCGUGGCACCCAAUGCCAUAAGGACGGAGUGGAAUGCGUCUACCAAGGCCUACUUCAUAUCGAGCACCAACCUGCUCACCGUGCUGCUGCUGUUAACCCCCCCCCCUUCCCCACUUUCCUCCCCAGUGGAAUGCGUCUACCAAGGCCUACUUCAUAUCGAGCACCAACCUGCUCACCGUGCUGCUGCUGUUAACCCCCCCCCCUUCCCCACUUUCCUCCCCAGGUACGCCGUGGCACCCAAUGCCAUAAGGACGGAGUGGAAUGCGUCUACCAAGGCCUACUUCAUAUCGAGCACCAACCUGCUCACCGUGCUGCUGCUGUUAACCCCCCCCCCUUCCCCACUUUCCUCCCCAGUGGCCCCAAACGCCAUUCGAACGGAAUGGAACGCUUUUACAAAGGCCUACUUCACCUCGCGCACCAACCUGCUCACCGUGCUGCUGCUGGUGGAUGCCACCAUUCCCCCUCAAGCCAUUGAUGUGGAGUGCGCUGACUGGCUGGGGAGGAACAAGUUGUUGCUCCCUCACUUGGGAAUCACCAUUCCCCACUCCAUGCCCCGUCCUUUAACCCCCUCCUCCUUCCCCAUUUCCCCUCCAGAUCCCCCUCACUGUCGUGUUCACCAAGUGUGA